CGGCUCUCGGGGUUUAGUCGGUUUCCAACAACACGACGCGUCGCUCGCGCAUAACCAUCGCUCGCUCGUUUGCUCUCUCGCUCGUUCUCUCGCUCUGUUUCUCUUUCUCUUUCUUGUCUCGCUCUCUCUCUCUCUCUCUCUCUUCUCUCUUUCUCCGUUACGUACGUUUGUACGUUCCUACGUUUCUACGUUCGUUCUUCGUACGUUCGUACGCUUUUACUCGCUCGGCUAGCACCCGCGUAUACAUAGAUACGCUCCCCUCCCACUACCCCUUUUCGAGACGCGUUCUUUGGCGGCUCGUUCGCGCGCAUCCUCGCGGCAGCAAACAAAGAAUUUUCAAAGGAAGCUAAUUUGUUAAAGAGUGACGUCGCAAACCUGUUCGCACGUUCUUCUUUUACUUUUGUUUGUUUGUUUGUUUGUUUGUUCUUUCUUGCUUCCUUCCUUCCUUUCUUGUUUUUCCCUUGCCUCCUUUUUCCAGUUUUUCUUUUGUCUUCGUUUUUAUCCUUCUUCCUUUCUUUUACCCUUUUUUCCUUCCCUCCCUUCUUCCCUCCUUCCUUCCUUCCUUCCUUCCUUCCUUCCUUCCUUCCUUCCUUCCUUCCUUCCUUUCUUUCGCUUCGAAAAUAGCACUUUCUUUCCUUUCCUCUUCUCUUCCUUUUUUUUUUGUUUCUUUUUUCUUUCUUUUAUUUUCGUGCGUACUUACGUACGCGGUGGUUGUCCCUGUUUCUUUCGAUUUUGAUUUUCCUUUUCUCCCUUUUUUGUCGUCGAAGAUGGGAACAGUUUUUUAAUCCUUUUUCCCUUUCUCUCCUUUUCGGUUUACCGUUUGACUUGUUCUUUUCUUUUAUUUAUUUAUUUCCUUUUUUUUUAAUUUCCCUUCGAAAAAACGAAAAGAGAAAAAAAGAUUCGGACUCGAAGUCUUUCUCUACUUCAAUGGGAGGAGCCGAGUAUCCUGAAAAUAGUCCUACUACCUUUGACCUCUUUUCGCGAGUGUGACGGAUAGUAGUGAGCUACGAAAGAGUGAUCUCUACUCGGGAUAACGGGAUGAGGAUUCGCGCGAUAUCGUUAAGGACGAAGAAGGACGAUCGAUCGAGUGUUUCUUACGAUCGUUGAAUAUUUUUUUCUCCCCUAUCUGUCCAUCUAUCUCUCUCUAUCUUUCUCCCGUCAAUGGAUAUUAUGGUGAACAUUCGAGAUCUAUACGAUCGAUGGUGUUAGUGGUGAAAGUGAUCGUUCGCUUAGAGGAAAAGAAGAAGAAGAGGAAAAAAGGAGAAAGUUAACUGUACGAUAGACUAAAAGAAAAAGAAAGGAAAGGAAAAAAGAAAAGACCAAGUAUAACUCUAUUGUUGUUCCCAAAAGGGUUGUUGUUGCCAAGAAAAAUAAAAACAAAAAAAAUACGUUCGGUAAAGUGUCUAACUCUCUCUCUACGAUUUUUCAUGGAUUUCAAAAAUUAUUUUUAAUUUCGCCUUCAAUCAUUUCAACUAUAUUCCGAAGUUUCGUACCGCAUUGUGUUAUCGUCAUUGCGGUGAACGGCGCGAAAAAGUGCGCGAAUAACUUCGAUCGAGGUUCGUUAAGUUAAACAGAACGGUGUAAGCUCAUCCAGGACUUUAGGACCUUAAAAGGGAACAAUUAAAAUAAUAAAUCAUUUCUCUCCAAGGAUCUUCCGACUAUAUAGAAGUAUAUUCUACUGCUACGAUCAAGAGGAAACAACCCGUGCCCGCUUAUUUUUUCUCUCUUCUUUUUGUCUCUGGAUACAUAACGUACGAUUUCAAUCGGACAAGAUCAUCAUGAAAACCUUAUUGAUCCUGGUCGGUCUUCUACUCGAAAUACAUCUUUAUUUUACAGAGAGUCAUGCGAAGCAUCAACAAGAGUCGAGCUCUAAAAAUAUAGUCGAAUCGUUAAAUGCUCUCGAAGGUAAAGGAGAUGAUGUCCUCGAGGGACCAAUCAGCGAGGUCGUUGCUCAAAGCGGAGGCAAGGCCGUCUUACCUUGCAAAAUCACCGAUCCUGGAGCUGGAACGAUCACAUGGUUAAGGCGCAAGGACAGGCAAUUAUUGACUCUAGGUACUAACAGGCACUCGGUCGAUACUCGUUUUGCAGUACGCCAUACAAAUACAGAUUGGGCACUUCAAAUACAAAUGGUCACUCUAGGAGACGAAGGGAUUUACGAAUGUCAGGUGACGUCACAUCCCAUACAACGGAGCUUCACACGCUUGAAAAUCACGGAGGCGUACUCGAUAAUACCGGGUGCGCCAGAUUUACACGUAAAGCAGGGUUCCAGUUUGCGCUUGGAGUGCCAACUUAUGGCAGCGACGGAGCUGCCCCAGUACGUGUUCUGGUAUCGUCAAGGACGCAUGAUAAACUACGACGCCGAGCCCGGUGUUAAAGUUGAGCUCACGAAGAGUGGCUCCAUUUUGAUGGUAAACAAAACGAAGCCGACGCACGGAGGUAACUACACGUGCAAGGCGAGCAACGCAAAGCCGGCAUACGUCAUGGUUCAUGUUAUCGAAGAGGAGGAGAAGCCAGCAGCCAUGCACGGUGGCGACAGGAGGAACCUCAGUCCAGCAAUUUUGGCGAGCAACUUUCUGGUUUCCCUACUUGCGGCCGUCAGCUGGAGGAUACCGAGUUUCACGAGCCUCUACCCGACGUGAAUCAUCGACUUGGAAGUUUUGCCGGUUGGAACACCGGCACCAACUCAUUUCGCGGUGACGGCCAUACUCGUCGACCGAUCCGCACGACCUCCCGUUAUAAAAUCCGACGAUAAGCGUCAAUCCUCCAUGGACUUUCAAGCGCGUUGCGUCGUUACGAUUCAGACUCCUUUAUCUACCACACCUAUUCGUGUCAUCUAAUCGUCAUUGACCGUAAAACAAAAAUAAGACCGAUUGUCUUUCUUUCGAACGAAAGAGAUGGAGAAACGAAAUAAAGAAAGAGAGAGAAAGAAACAGAGAUGUAGUGAGAGAGAGGAAAAGAAAAAGAGAAAAAGCCAUAUAUAUGUAUAUAUAUAUAUAUAUAUAUAUAUAUAUAUAUAUAGAGAGAGAGAGAGAGAGAGAGAGAGAGAGAGAGAGAGAGGAACAACGUAAACAUUGUUUUUCUCUUUAUUCAUUUUGAAGGACAAUUUUAAGAAGAAUUUUGUUUUCGAUCGAUAAGAUUCCUUUUCUUUUUCUGAUUUUAUUCACAGUAUGUUUCUGUCUCUCUACGAGACUACGUCUCUCUCUCUCUCUCUCUCUCUCUCUCUCUCCCUCUCCCUCCCUCUCUCGUUCCCUUUGUAUCUUUCUCCCUUCUUUCUUCGAUAGAAAUUCUCUACCUCUUAAGAAUUUUCUUUCUCUCGAUUCUUUCCAAUCGUUUCCCCUGAAAAGAUAUUCGGUUCGCGUACGCGCUCUCGCGGUCGGACGAACUAUCAUUCUUCGUUUUUUGGAAUUGACUUAGGAUCGUACAGUAGGAUACGUUUUACUCUUAAACUUCUAAUACGAGAAAAAGAAGAGGGUACUAAGAGUGGAAGGUACGUUUUCCACACACGGAGUACGUCACUACUACUAUUAUUACUGCUGCUACUACUAUUACUAUUACUACUACUACUACUAUUACUACUACUACUACUAUUACUAUUACUGUUACUACUACUACCACUAUUACUACUAUCACUACUACUACACCACUACAAAACAAUGUACAGAACGGAUCGUGCGGGCGGAACGACAGUCUUUUCUCUUUCUCGAGAAAUUGAAAAGGAAGAAGAAGUAGAAGAAGGAUAAGAAGAAAAGGACGAAGAGGAAAAGGAAAAAAGGAAGAGCUGGAGAAAGCAAGAAGAAGAAAAAUGUAGUGUAAGAAGGACGAAAUAGAGAAAAGAUGGAAGACGUUGUUUCUCGUUCGAAAUGAGCUAUCGUAGAACGCUCGUUUUAGAACAGAGACGCUCGCGCAGUUCGUUAGUAUCCUUCGUUGUGCGUGAUCGGCAAAUCGUUUUCUUCGUACGUACAUUCUAUAGUUAUGUAUGUAAGUAUUCGUUAUCUGAACGGACAUAUACAACACACAUACGUACGUAUAUCGUAUGUAGAUUCAUACAUCUAUACACAUACGCGCACACACACACACAUAUAUAUCCAUUUGCGUACAUUCAGUACGUAAAAACAAUACAUCAACAUACACAAUAACAUUUGUCUUAUAUGUACACAAAUAUACAUAUACUAUGUACGUUACAAAUGUGGACGCGAACUGAACGACCGCCGUACUUUUACGUGCCGUGAAAAUAAACUUUGAUUAUCUCGUCGUCGUCGUCGUCGUCGUCGUUUUCGUCAUUUUUGUCGUCGUUGUCGUCGUCGUCGUCGUCGUCGUUAAUGUCAUCUUCGUCGCCGUCAUCGUCGUCGUUGUUCUUCCUUCACUUUACUUCUAUAAUAGUAACGAUCGUUCGAUCAUUGAUCGUACAAUCUCGACGUCGAGAUAAUUUAAUCAUGUGCAUGUGAACUUGCGAGACGCACGAGAUAAACGCACAUUCUCUCUUAUUAUCUCUUUCUCUUUCUCUCUCUCUCUCCCUCUCUCUCUCUCUCUCUCUCUCUCUCUCUCUCUCUCUCUCUUCUUGUCUUUCUUUUUCUUACAUCGUGAUAACUUAAUUUGAAUGUGAAAGAUAUGAAAUCAUUUGAGUAAAUUUGUUCUCUUAUAUAAGAAAAUUUAUUCUAUAGAGAGAUAAAGAGAAAGAGAGAGAGAGAGAGAGAGAGAGAGAGAGAGAGAGAGAGAGAAAUAGAAAGAGAAAGAGAGAGAAACUUCUCGCUACGUCUAACGACGAUCGUGCGUCACGCCGACGAUAUUUAUCUUAAUAUGUGAAAAUUAAUGUACAUAUUACAUACCAGGCCGAAAUAAUUUAUCCAAGACACUAAAUAAAACAUUAAUCGUGAA